AUGGCAAAGAUCCAGAUCAGUCAACAAAUCUGUAGUAAGUUCGAGAAGCUGCAGCUUUUGGCUGCCGAUCCCUGUUCCCUUGUCUUGUUGCAAAAGCAGGGGACCAGUGAGGACAUUGCCUACUGUGCCAAGGAAAGAAGUCAUCAGGGUUUUGAUGCGGAUCGAGAUGCAAAGAAACUGUAUAAAGCCUGCAAAGGAAUGGGAACUGAUGAAGCAGCCAUCAUUGAAGUCUUAUCGAGCAGGACAUCAGAGGAGAGGCAGAAAAUAAAGCAGAAGUACAAGGCCAAGUACGGCAAGGACCUGGAGGAUGUGCUCAAGAGUGAACUGAGUGGAAACUUCGAGAAGGCAGCCCUUGCUCUCCUGGACCGUCCCAACGAGUACGCUGCCCGGCAACUACAGAAAGCUAUGAAGGGCAUGGGAACAGAUGAGGCUGUGCUUAUUGAGAUCCUCUGCACAAGAAGCAAUAAGGAGAUCGUCGCCAUCAAGGAAGCCUACCAAAGGCUCUUUGACAAGAGUCUUGAAUCAGAUGUCAAAGACGACACGAGUGGAAACCUCAGGAGGAUCCUGGUGUCCCUGCUACAGGCUAAUCGGGAUGAAGGAGAUGAAGUGGACAAAGAUCUGGCUGGACAGGAUGCCAAAGAUCUGUAUGAUGCAGGGGAAGGCCGCUGGGGCACGGAUGAGUUGGCCUUCAGUGAAGUUCUUGCCAGGAGGAACCACAAGCAGCUACGAGCCACCUUCCAAGCCUAUCAGAUACUCAUCGGCAAAGACAUGGAAGAAGCCAUUGAAGAAGAGACAUCGGGAGACCUGCAGAAGGCCUAUUUAACUCUGGUGAGAUGUGCCCGGGACCUGGAGGGCUAUUUUGCUGACCGUCUGUACAAGUCUAUGAAAGGUAUGGGGACCGAUGAGGAGACAUUGAUUCGCAUCAUUGUGACCAGGGCUGAGGUGGACAUGCAAGGCAUAAAAGCCAAGUUCCAGGAGAAGUAUCAGAAGUCUCUGUCUGACAUGGUUCACUCAGACACCUCUGGGGACUUCCGGAAACUGCUGGUGGCCCUCUUACACUGA